GCCAGCUCUGUCAGCAGGCAGUACCAGCACGCCAUGCACUUUCACUAAACAGUCGCUCGCCAGCUAUGGCGAAGGUCAAUCAGAGUGACCGUCGCGUUCAAGAGGAACGACUAACCGCGGUUCCACCACCACCUCCAACAGCACAGUGUCACCGCUGCACGUAGGGCUAAACGCGGUACAACUCGCAGCUUGUGGCAAUUUUUCAAUUUGUAUUUGUGUCCGUGCUGCGUGCCUACCGUGUUGUAACGACCUCACGUGAUCAGACUCGCGAACUCCAACCAGCACUAGGUGGUACCUACUAGCAGUUUAUCGGCAAAUCGCGGUACCGUUCGCGUGUCGCGAAGAACCUACACGCAGAAGAAGAUAUUCGCCGGGACCGGUUCUCCUAGUUAUUCGUUCUGUUAUUAUGUAACAACAGGUGUGCCAAUAGGGUUAUUUUUUUCCGACGUACUUAAAUAUUUUUUGCUCCAAGAUGAUGCUCCUACUUCUUCUCACUUUCCUUCAUACGUCCGAAAUACAUGCCAUGGACAACCUGAAUGUAGCAUUCAGAUGGAAAGUCGUAGAUUUUGAGUUCCCGAAUGACACUGCGCGAGAGAAUGCCAUCACAAAGGGCAUCUUCAUACCCGAAAACAACUUGCCACUGGGAGUGGAAGUCUAUGGAAAUCGCAUGUUCAUCUCAGUGCCCAGGUGGAAAUCUGGAGUUGCAGCUUCCUUGAACUACAUCAUGCUAACGGAUCCGAAAGAUUCCCCAAAGCUGCGCCCGUACCCAAAUUGGGAGUACCACGAUCUCACUCACACGGAUGAAUCCGGCAUGGUACCACCCGACAAGAUCGUGUCCCCAUUCAGGGUCCGUGCUGACUCCUGCGGAAGGUUGUGGGUAGUGGAUACAGGGGUAGCAGAUAUUCUGGAAGGGUCCAAGGUGCUUUCCAAGCCUAAAUUGUUCAUCUUUGAUCUCAAUACGGAUACGCUCAUCAGGAGCUAUCAAAUACCAGAAGACCAGAUGAAGAAAGACGUCAGCUUCUUCGCCAACAUAGCUGUCGAAGAAAACGGAUGCGAUGAUACAUAUGCUUACUUGGCUGACCUGGGACACCCUGGCUUGGUGGUGUAUUCUUAUAAGAAGAACAAGUCUUGGUUGGUUAAGCAUCACUAUUUCCACAUCAGCCCUACAGCUGGAGAGAUGACUGUGGCCGGGAUUACAUUCCAAUGGGCAGAUGGCAUCUUUGGUCUGGCUCUAUCCAAACCUGAUGAGGCAGGAUACAGUACUCUGUACUUCCACCCAAUGCACAGUUUCCAUGAGUUCACAGUUAGUACUAAAUUGUUACGAGACGAAACCUUAGCUACAGAUCCUAAAAACUUCCACGAGUUCAAGGUUUUGGGCAGUCGCGGUCCGAAGGCUCAGAGUGGAGCAUCUUUCCUUCAUCAGAAAACAAAUGUCUUGUUUUAUACUUUACUGAACCUGAACGCUGUAGCUUGCUGGAGGACAACCAAUCCGAAUUAUACCAUGGAAUCUCAGGGAAGGGUCUUUAUGAGUAAUGAGACUAUGGUGUUCCCUAAUGACAUCAAGGUUGAUGCCAACGAUAUACUUUGGGUUAUGUCCGACAAACUUCCUGUUUUUAUGUACGAUAAGCUGAAUCCUAGCGAAUACAACUUCAGAAUCCUCAAUUCAACUGUAGCCGAUGCCAUCAGAGGUACCGCCUGCGACUCCAAGAUGGUGAUGAACCCGAGCAUCGUUAAAAACAUUACCAAGAACAUAACUCGUACAACUUCUGCAGUGGCAACAGCCGGUUCUAGUCCCAUCCGUUCCGUCAACGUUCAAAUGAUUUGGGUGGUUCUCACUUUUGCAGCCUUAUCUCUGACAACUCGCUAAAGGCUUAUCAGCAAGAUACUCUUGCUUAGUCACAAGUAAGAACUUAAUAAAUAUGACUCCUCAAAAGGGUGACAGAAGUAUAAUAGACGCCAAACCAAUUUUGGUACUAUUUAGAAAUCUGAUAAUGGAUUGAUGGAAAGAUAUCUACUUAUCUUUCCUCCUAAAGAUAAAGCGAUCUUACAAGUUUUCAUGCAGUUUUUAACUGCAUUCAAUUUUGAAUCCCAAAACCUUAAAGUGAUUCCUGUAAGUCCGGGCAUUAUCUGAUGGGAAGAAUAUUAUUAUUUUAACGAAUCUGUAUGUUGCCAGCCGCAAAUUUGCCUCAAAUGUUUUUAAAUAAUUUUUUCAAGCAAAUUAAAAAAAACUGAUUUUGUCUCCGCUCAUGUUGAAAUGUUUUAGGACAAUCUGGACAAAAAAGAUGCAUCAGAACUUAUCUCUAAAUUUGAAAGUGUUCAAGAUAUAAGCGAUACAAUAUUUGGAAGAAAUAUGCGAUUCUCGAUCCCAAAAAUCAAUAUGAAAAAACGAAAAUAUUGAUGUUGUCAAUACAAUAGAUAUUCUUCAAACAUCCAUUAACAAAAUUUUAAAGCAUCUGAGACGGUAUUGUUAUUACAAACCUUUAGUUCAUGCAGUUUUGAACUGCAUUCAAUGUUGAAUCACAAAACCUUAAAGUUAUUCCUGUAAGUCCGGGCAUUAUCUGAUGGGAAGAAUAUCCUUAUUUUAACGAAUCUGUAUGUUGCCAGCCCCAAAUUGGCCUCAAUAAGCAAUUGUUUCAAACAAAUUAAUGAAAAACCGAUUUUUUCUUCGCUCGUGUCGAAGAAUUUUAGGACAAUCUGGUCAAAAAGGUGCUACAGAACUUGUCUCUAAAUUUGUUCAAGAUAUAAGCGAUACAAUAUUUGGAAGAUAUAUGCAAUUUUCGAACCCAAAAAAACGAUAUGAAACAACGAAAAUAUUGAUAUUGUCAAUGCUCCUAGAUGUCCUUCGAACAUCCAUUAACAAAAUUUUAAAGCAUCUGAGGAGGUAUUGUUAUUGCAAACCUUUAGUUCAUGCAGUUUUGAACUGCAUUCAAUUUUGAAUCACAAAACCUUAAAGUGAUUCCUGUUAGUCAGGGCAAUAUCUGAUGGGAAAAAUAUUCUUAUUCAGAUUUUAACGAAUCUGUAUGUUGCCAGCCCCGAAUUUGCAUCAAAACUGUUUUGAACAAUCUUUUUAAACAAAUUUCAAAAAUAGUUUUUUUCUCCCAUCCUGUCAAGUGUGUUAAGACAAUCGGGACAAAAAGGUGCUUCAGAGCUUCUCUCUAAAUUUGGAAAUUUUCAAGAUAUAAGCGACACAAUAUUUGGAAGAAAUAUGCAAUCCCAAAAAGCAAUAUGAAAAAACGAAAAUAUUGAUGUUGUCAAUACUCCUAGAUAUUUUUCAAACAUUCAUUAACAAAAUUAUAGAGCAUCUGAGGAGGUAUUGAUAUUGUAAACCUUUGUUUUUUAAUUAUUAACCAAGCAUGCGCUCAGUGUAAGCUCUGCGUGAGUGCGAGAGAGAUGCAACAUGUAGAGGCGGCCGCUUGCCGCAGCAACUAAUCAUUGAGCGCGUGCUCAGUUAACAAUUAAAACACAAAGGUUUACAAUAACGAUACGUCCUGAAAUACUUUGGAUUGCCGUUGAUGGAUGUUUGAGGAAUAUUCAGGAACAUUAAUGAUAUUAAAAUUUUUGGUUCGUCAAAUCGUUUUUUAGGUUCAAAAAUGGCAUAUUUCGGUCUUUAAUAUUGAUUCGCUUAUAUCUCAAAAACUAUCAACUUUCGAGAACAGUUCUAAAUCACCUUUUUUUGUUCAGAAUGUCCCAAAAACCUAAACUCACUUUGGCCGGAGCAACUUUUUUUUGGAAUUUGAUAAAAAACUAAAACAUAUUUGACGGCUUAGCGACAAGCAAAGUAGUUAAAACGAGCACUUUUUAAAAAAUAUAAUGCAAACAAUCGAAACAACAUUUUUCUCACCAGAUGAAAAGAUAUUGCCCGGACUAUGUCUAAAUAAUUUCAGCAGAGAAGUUGAAAGCACUCAAACAUUUUUAAACUAAGAUUCCUGUUUAUUCAGAAUGAUCAAGCAGAGCCCAAACUUUUGGGCUUCAGAUGUAUCAUUUGAACUAGUGAGAUCAUCGUUUUCCGGUAAAAAAUGUGAUCCAGUUUCGCUGAGAACUUCCGUGAGAUUCCGAAAUGAAAUAAAACUAAUUAGUUUGCGUUCGAAUGGAAAGGUUUGGAUAUACUUGAAAUUCUGAUGAGAAAGCCUUCAUAAUGAGAAAGUCUUUAUGUAUCGCGAAACUAUUCAUAACAAUAAAAGAAUGCAAGGAAAUGGAUUUCCCAUGCAUUAAUCGGAGUCAUAUUUAUACAUACUGUAAUUGUAAAUAUGUAAAAUAAGAUUUGCGAAGGUUCUUCAUUUGAAGAAGUGUUUGUACGUAUGUAUAAAGACGCUUAGCAAUACUAAAUUAUUCUAUAAUUUAUUUAUUAGGUGCGUUAUAUAAGAAUAACAAGAACAUAAACAAUGCAUUCCAUUUUAACCUUGACGUGUGAAUCCAAUUUGAUAUUAUUGUAAGUGGCAUUAGUUAUUUGUAUCGGUUCAGACUGAUUAAUAUGACAAAACAAAAGCAUUAAAUUUAUAUAACAUUUAUCGACUUUAUUUAUAGUAUACUUGUAAUUUAAGUUUUAAAAUAUGUAUUAAGUGAUUUUAUAUUUAAAUAAAGCAUACUAUUUAAA